UUUGCAACCAGAAAAGCACGGAAGUACAUUAAAACGAAACUAGCUAGCAAAAGACUGUUGAAUAGUACAAAGGACAUAACAAGGAACUUAAAUUUUCUUCUUGUUCGUAACCCUUUUCCCUUACAGCAUUAGGACAGAGCUAAAUUUGAUUUUUCUCUGUUUUGUUUUUAACCUGAGAAGCAUACUCAGCCAAGGAGCUACAGGGGCAACUGGGAAAAUGAUUCAGGAAGACUUUGACUGCUUGGUUCAGGAUUUAAUUAAUUUUUAUAAAUACCCAUUAUUUGAAAAAUUUCAUCCAUUGGGUGAAGAAAUUGACAUCAUUUUUGAUCUGACAACCACUUACACAGAUACCUUGCUUUGGAAGAAAGACAUCCAUAACAUUCGCCUAGGACAGUUGUCUUUAAAAGCCCUUCUAGAUGAACUAAAGAAUCCCUGUAUCAUAGAGGGAGAAGCUGGCAAAGGGAAAACUACUCUUCUCAAGAAGAUUGCUUUACUCUGGGCUAAUGGAGAUCAUCCUUCUUUGACAAAAUUCAAGCUUGUUUUCUUUAUCAGCUUGAGUGGUGCACGGGGAGGAUUGUAUGAGACAGUUUGUGAACAACUUCUGACAAAGAAAUAUAGGAUAUGCAAAGAGAAAUUUAUGGAGAUUUUAGGUUCACUAAGAGAAAAAGCUCUCUUUCUAUUAGAUGGGUAUGAUGAAUUCAAGUCUCAGAGGUGCCCAGAAAUCGAAUCAUUGAUAAAGGAAAACUACAAAUUCAAAAACACAGUCAUUGUGACUACAAGAACUGAGUCAAUUAGUAGUCUGAGGCUCUUUGGGUCAUUGAUUGCUGAGACGGGUGACCUAACUAUGGAGAGUGCAAAACAGUUAGUUAGAAAUGUGCUGAGAAAAGACAAGUUAGCUGAGGGCCUUUUGUCUCAAAUGGAGAAAACAGAUUCCACAUUCCAGAAAUCAGGUUCUCAGAUUGACAACCUUAUGAAGACCCCUUUGUUUGUGGUUAUUGCAUGUGCUAUCCAAAUGGGGGAAACCACUUUUAACCCACAUACACAAACCACUCUGUUCUCUACACUACAUGACUUGCUGGUGGGAAAAAACAAGUACAAGACCAGAGAGUUGCGUGAUGAACACUUUCGCUUAAGCAUAAUCCAUUGUGGAGAUUUAGCUUUAGAUGGAGUAUUUGAGCAGAAAUUUAAUUUUCAGCCUGAGGAUUUCUCCAGUGUGAAGGAACAAGUCCUGUUAGCUACAGGACUCAUGAACAAGUACACAGCUCAGAGAUUAAAGCCAGUAUAUAGAUUUUUUCAUAAAUCUUUCCAGGAAUAUACAGCAGGUAGGAGACUUUCGAGGCUACUAACAUCUCGAAAGAAUGAAGAGGUGACCAGAGGGCACAGUUACUUACAAAAAAUUAACAGCAUUUCAGAUGUCAUUACUACAUACCACAGUUUACUCCUUUAUACCUGUGGGUCAUCAGCUGAAGCUACUAAGAAGGUUAUCGACCACAUUGCAAUCCUUCCUCAACUGGGAGGUCAUUUUAUGUUGCCUUCUUCUCCACAUGAUCUAUCAUCAGAAAUGAGAAAUGAAGAGAAGGGUGAAGAGGAAGAAGGAUUAAUUGCUACUUGGGAAAACUCAUUUGUGGAGUGUGCAAUUUGCUUCCUUUAUGAGAGUAUUUCAGAAACGUCUGUGAAGGAGGAGUAUGAGGAUUUUUUCCAUGGUAAAAACCUAUACAUCAAUACUCAGAACAUUCCUACAUAUAUCUGUGGGUUUUUUGAACAUUUUUCUAAUUGUGUGAGUAUGCUAGAACUCAUCAAAUUAGAUUUUUCUGGCACCUCUUCUUUGGCAGAUGUGGAAGAUGAGAAAAAGGAGUUUUCUAGAAUGACUCCAUGGAAAACAGUAAUUCCAGAAAAGGCUGUCUCUUUAUUCUUCAACUGGGACCAAAAGCUCAAUUCUUUAGAGAUUACACUUAAAGAGUUCAACAAAUUAGGAAAAGGUGAUGUUAAGUACCUGGAAAAAAUAUGCUGCUGUGCCUCAAGUCUCAGGAUGCAUAUCAGCAAAAGCCCUGGACUCACAGGAAAGCUAAGUGAAGUUCUCAACAGCUGUACAAAUCUGCAGGACCUUAUCAUAGAAUCAACACCCCUUGCCAUAAAAGAUGAGCAACAGAUAGCAAAAAUGAUGGGGCUGAAAACCAUAAAGUUAAAAGACCUGCAAAAUGAAAAUCUAGAUGGAGGCCUCCUUGAUGGAAUAUCUCUCCUUGUCAAUGUGGAAAAACUUAUUUUUGACAACAUCACUAUCAAUGAAGCCACAGCUAAAAAACUAGGUGAAGAUUUUAAACAUUUGAAAAAACUACACUUCCUACAGUUGACGAAUCUUACGGAUAUUGGGAAUGGAAUGACAUACAUAGCAAAGUCAGUAUUCUCCUACCUCGUAGAUCUAGAAGAAAUCCAUCUAGUCAACUCCUGCCUUUCUGGGGCUGCUGUGGAAAUUCUAGUCCAGAAUAUUUGCAGUUUACACAAACUUCAUGUACUCAAUUUAUCUGAUAAUUUUCUGGGAAACAAUGGAAAAGAAGCUCUUUGCAAACUGGUUGACACAUUAAACAUCCUACCAAAGAUGAAAGUGAUGAUGUUCCCCUCUGUGGAUGAAGUGACUGUUUGCCUCAUUAAGCUAGUACAGCUAGAACGUAUGCCACAGCUAGCAAAACUUGGGCUGAAGAAAUGGGCCAUCACAGACUCUGAGGCUGGAAUUCUGGGUACACUUCUUACGAAUACAUCCUUCAGAGAUCUCAAGCAUCUGGACUUGACGGAUAACUGCAUGACGAGUCAUGGGUGGAUUACCAUCCUAGGACCCUUAUCAAAUCUCAAGAAGCUGAAAAUUCUGGAUUUCAGCCAACACCAAGGCUUUUUGCCAUCUUCCCAGUUAGUUUUGGCAAUGGCCCGAUUGAUAAUACAGUUGGUUUGUUUACAAGGCAUUUAUUUACUUGGCUGGCAGUUUGAUGCCCAUGAUCUUGGAGAAAUUAACAAAGCCAAGCAAAGUCAUAGAAAUGAGCUGCAAUUAAUCAUUUCUUAAACAAGGCCAGUUCUGGGCACAAGGUUUCUUCCAUUGCUAAAUCCACAUUAACCCCCAAGUAGUUUUCUAGACAGAGCAAAUGUGUCAGGAGAUUGUAAUAUUGCUUUUUUAAUCCAAACAACUUUUCUGUCAUCGCAGGCUCUUUUGUGGCAAGUCCUGCCAAAGCUACAAUAUGUUAUUGCCACUCUCACCUUUGUUUCUUUUUAAUUCCAAGAGAUAUCAGAACAAAAAGUAAUUCCUUCUCUUCUCCAGUAAUCUUUCAUUUUUUAAAAGCAUUGUAGCUAUAAUACAACAGUGAAAUGGCAUGUUUGCACUAUAAUUCUAUAUUGUGUAUGUUUUGAAGGCAAUGGCAAACCUUCCCUGAACAAAUCUUGCCAAGAAACCUCAUAAUAGGGUUGCCAUAGGUUGGAUUUGACUUGAAGGCACACAACACACACAAUAUAGAAUUAUAGUGCAAAAAUGCCAUUUCACUGUUAUUUCGGUUAUCUUAUCCCCACCCCUUCAUUCAGUCAGAUUCCUUACUUAAAGUUAAGCUUGUACAAACCUCCCUUCUAGUCUUACUAGCAUUUCUUCUAAAUCACUUGAUCUUCCUAAAACAAUGACCAUUAUCUCCUUGUUAUUUCUAUUUUUUUUAAGUUAGUGACUCUCUGCUUUGUUAUUGCCCUAUACACAUUUAUAUUUAUCUGGAACCCUGCAUACAUCCUAAAUUCUUUUAACAUUUCUAGUAAUUUUUCCAUUCCAUGUGGAGGGUUUACCAAAAAUAAUACUAAAUUGUAUGCAAAUGUUUUUAACUUAUAUCUCUGACCUUUCAUAGCAACUUUCUGAACUAUGUCAAUGGAAGCUUUCCCCCGCAUCACUAAUUGUAGAAUGGGAAAUGGGGUGAUUUGUAUUGGAAUUAUAACUAGAGAGACAAGGGUUAAAACAAGGAUAGAGAACCUUGUGCUCUUGGUCCACAAUUUACCCAUCUUGGGUUCUUUAAAUGGCCAUGACCCAUGAAAGUAUUGUUUGAUAGUUUCCUAGCAUUUGUUCUUGUUGUUUUAUAAUUUUAAAAGGCUGAAAUUCUUCUGGCUUAGUUUGUGACAAUAAAAUAAUUAAGCUAAAA